AUGGUCAUUCAACAGGGUCUAUACCGCAUCUUUCGCCUUCUUCGAGGCUCUCUGGGAGUCACGCAUGUCUUCGUCAAUCUGGGAUCCGACCAUCCCUCCAUUCUGGAGGCCAUGGCGAGGGGCCAAAAGGAGAAGAAGGAGGAUGAGUUUCCCCAGAUCAUUACUUGUCCGAAUGAGAUGGUUGCGCUCUCCAUGGCAGACGGCUAUGCCAGACUCACGGGGAAGCCGCAGUGCGUGAUUGUGCAUGUCGAUGUUGGUACGCAGGGCCUUGCGGCGGCCGUGCAUAACGCCUCAUGCGGUCGGGCGCCGGUUUUGAUCUUUGCGGGUUUAUCGCCCUUCACGAUUGAAGGGGAAAUGCGCGGUUCGCGGACAGAAUACAUCCAUUGGAUCCAGGAUGUACCGGACCAGAAACAGAUUGUUGCACAGUACUGUCGGUAUACGGGUGAAAUCAAGUCGGGGAAGAAUGUGAAACAGAUGGUUAAUCGCGCGCUUCAGUUUGCGACUAGUGACCCCAAGGGACCGGUGUAUCUGGUUGGUGCGAGGGAGAUCAUGGAAGAGGACAUUGAACCGUACAAACUCAACCAGAGUGUCUGGAAGCCCGUGUCGCCUGCCGCUUUGCCGUCUGAGGGUGUUGAGUUGAUUGCGUCGGAGCUUGUUGCGGCUAAAGAACCAUUGCUCAUCACAGGCUAUUCCGGUCGAGAGGUACAGGCUGUGAAAGAGCUGGUUACCCUGGCAGAUUUGAUUACUGGACUCCGUGUCUUGGACACCGGUGGCAGUGACAUGUGCUUCCCUGCGGAUCACCCGGCGUGGCUAGGGCUGCGUUAUGGCUCCCAUGAGGCUGUCGAGACCGCCGAUUUUAUUCUGGUCGUCGACUGUGACGUUCCCUGGAUACCGACGCAGGGCAAGCCUUCCGAAUCGGCUAAAGUCAUCCAUAUUGACGUCGACCCGCUCAAGCAACAGAUUCCCGUCUUCUACAUUCCCUCCAUCGCGACUUUCCGAGUAGAUUCGGCGACCGCACUGAAGCAGAUCAACGAGUACAUCUCGUCGAGCCAGUCAUUGAAGAAGAUUGCCACUUCCAAGGAGUUUGCAUUCCGUUCUGAACGUCGUAAGGAGGACUACAACAAGAGACGGCAAGGCAUUGCCGACCUUGCCAUCACACCCUCGGGAGGCGACCGGGCCUUCCUCAACGUAUCGUACCUCAUGUCGCAGGUCCGAAAACGGUGUCCUGCAGAUACCAUCUGGGCCAUUGAAGCCGUCACCCUGACGCAUUUCGUCGCAGAUCAGAUAGCCGCUACACUGCCCAAGUCUUUCAUCAACUGCGGCGGCGGCGGUCUGGGAUGGUCUGGCGGCGGUGCACUCGGCAUUAAACUUGCAUCGGACGCUGAAAAUGGCGGGCCUGGCAAGGGGAAAUUCGUGUGUCAGAUCGUGGGUGACGGAACCUACCUCUUCUCCGUGCCUGGUUCCGUGUACUGGAUAUCGCGCCGGUACAAGAUCCCGGUGUUGACCAUUGUCUUGAAUAACAAGGGGUGGAACGCGCCGCGACGCAGCAUGCUACUGGUCCAUCCCUCUGGAUAUGGCUCGCAGGCUAGUAAUGAGGAGCUCAAUAUUUCUUUCUCCCCGACCCCGGAUUAUGCGGGUAUAGCUAAGGCGGCUGCUGGGGGAGAGUUGUGGGCGGGUCGCGCAGGAACUGUUGGGGAACUGAGCAAGCUAUUGCCCGAGGCGAUCCAGAGCGUGCUCAGUGGGAAGGGGGCUGUCUUGGAGGCGCAGCUUGACGGUACAGAUGGGAAGUAUGCACCUAGGUAGAGUGAGGCCUACAUGUACUAUGUAGUAUGUACCAUGCUGUAGAGAUUGUAGAUGACGGUCCCUGCAGGGAAAUUACAGCCGAUGUCGGCAGUAGCCGACCUUAGCCUUAUCUAUGCGCGUCUUCAAUCCCGAGCAUCGCAUUAUUUUUAUGAUAGAUGAUAGCUGUUCCUGUCAACAGGACACUGUUGACAAUG